UGACACAGUGGGUUUAAAUAAAAAAGAGCAAAUCAAUAUAAUCACACUAAUUUAUUUGUCACUUCACUCAACAUAUUAAUAAUCACUCUCAUUUAUUUGUUACUGGUUAUAAUAGUUAUCUAAUUACACCACUUUAUUAACACAAAUAAUAACAUAGUUAGGUACUUAGGUACUGAGUCAUGACUCAUGACAUGCUCAUGACUCACUUUAAAUAAAACUAUUGAUAGAAAGAUUCAAACAUCAAACAUGUGUUGUGCUUUCCUUGUCAAGAAAAUAGAAAAUAAAAUCGUGUGGUGACUGGUGAGUUUAGUUGUGACUGAUGACCCAAAAAUCAAAAUGAUAUUAUACCGGGUAGAAACAGGUGGAAACCAGAAGUGGGAACUAUAAGUUUGCGUGAUUUUUUAGGGUUCCGUAGGUACCUCAAAAGGAAAAAAGGAACCCUAUUAUGAUCACUUCGUUGUCUGUCUGUCAAGAAACCUGUAGGGUACUUCUCGUUGACCUAGAAUCAUGAAAGGAUUCCUUUUCAACUUUUGAAGCACGGAACCCUAAAAAUAAUGUUUGCGGCGCGCAUGUUACAAUCCACACAAAUAAAAAAAUUGCCAUGCCUUACUACUGCAGUAUUUGUGAAAUUAAUGUGCCGUAUAAUGAGUACAAUAUACGAGAGCACUUAAAUGGACGACGUCACGCUGAAAACUUAAGAGAUUCUAGUGAUGAUGGAGAUGAUAAUGAUGAUGACUAUGAUGAUGAGAUACAGCCCUAUUAUUGCGACAUCUGUGAUGUAAACGUGCCAAACAAUGAAUUUAACAUAAGACAACAUUUGAAUGGACAACCCCACGCUGAAAACUUGAGAGACACUAGUGAUGAUGAAGAUGACGACGAUGAUGAUGAGAUACAGCCCUAUUACUGCGACAUCUGCGAUGUAAACGUACCAAAUAACGAUUUUAACAUAAAAGAGCACUUAAAUGGACGACGCCAUGCUGAAAACUUACGAGGUUCUGGUGAUGAUGAUGAUAGUGAUGACGACGAUGAUGAUGAUGAGAUACAACCCUAUUAUUGCGACAUCUGUGAUGUGAACGUGCCAAACAAUGAAUAUAACAUAAGACAACAUUUGAACGGACAACGCCACGCUGAAAACUUGAGAGAUUCUAGUGAUGAUGACGACGAUGAUGAUGAGAUACAGCCCUAUUACUGUGACAUCUGCGAUGUAAACGUGCCAAAUAACGAUUUUAACAUAGGAGAACACUUAAAUGGACGACGUCAUGCUGAAAAUUUAAGAGCUUAUAGACGGUCAACGAUACCAUCAUCAUCAUCAUCAUCAGACUGGUGAUGGGUUUCACUAUUAUACGUGCUAUUAAGUAGGUACUCACUGUUAUAAUAUUACGUGCGUUUUAUUAGGUAGGGUGCCGUACCACAAAAUGGAACCCAGGAUCACUUUGUUGUCUGUCUGUCUGUCUGUCUGUCUGUCUGUCUGUCUGUAUGUCCAUCUGUUGUGUCUGUCAAGAAAACCUUUGCUACCUGCCAAAUUAUGAAAUUUGGCAGGUGGCAAAAGUGGCACAGACUCGACCACAGGACUCGACCUUGUCUCUCUCAUAAAUUAUGUAGUAGCAGUCCGCGCCACGUCUCGCCCUGUCACUAAAACUAAUCUGAAACUUCUUGUCGGUCUAUUGAAGAAACAUGUACAUGGUACAUUGCCAGUACAUUGCGUCUACGCGUCUCAUCUUCCCACUAUCAUUAAUUAAAUGCAUUAUGUUAAUAAAUAAUAAAAAAUUAAAUUGUUAGUAGAUAAGCACAUAUAUAAUAUACUUUAUUGUUAUAAGUUAAGUAAGUUUAUGUUAGUUAAAUAGCCAAACAGUCAAGUACAAUUAUUAAGUAAUUUUAUAUUAGGUAAGUACUUACCUAUAUUGAAUUAAGGGCAAGUAGAAAGUUUUUGUUUUUAAGUAUUUGUUAAAGCAUGAGCAGGUGAUAGAAUAAGAAAAGCAGCAUUUUAUGUAAUUUUAUAUAGAUAGGUACGCUAAAAAUUUAUAUAAGUAUUUACCAUUAUAUUUUUUACUAGCGACCCGCCCCGGCUUCGCACGGGUGGACAUUUAUUUUUUCUAUUUUCCGG